AUGGAGGAAUUUUUUCAACACAAACAAAUUCUGUUAGAGAAUGAUCAAAAGGACUUUAAUUUUUUAUCCCCAACUGAUAUUGAAUUGCAAGCAUCCCAAAAAUUCAAUUGAUUAAAAAAUGAUUUUUUAGCAAAUUUCACUAUAGAAGAAAUGCUUGAUUAUUGAGAUGUCAAAGAUUCAGUUAUUCACACAAAGCUCUUUGAAGUAUUGAAAAAAAUGCCAAAAGGAGCUUUAUUGCACAUUCAUAGCAGUACAAUGAUGCACUCCCAAGAGUUUAUAGAUUUUUUGAAAUCUGACUCACAAAUUUAUGUGCAAUUAAUAGAUGAGAAAAUAAUUUUAUUACCAAAUUUUAUUGAAAAUUCAGUCCCAUUAUCCGAAUUUUUAAAAAUUGAUGGGAAUGAAAAAGCUUUAUUAGACUCACUAGAAAUGACACGAGGAACUUCAAUGGGCUUGCCUAGCGAGCGUUGGAUUAAAUUUGGUCAACUUUUUUCUACUUCAGCAAAAUUAUUUAGCGAAAAAAGAUUCCGAGAAAAUUAUUUUAACUUGGCAUAUUCUCAAUUAUAUGAAGACAACAUCCAAAGGGUAGAAAUAAGGACUAACUUCGGGAGAACUGGCUAUAUUGAUAACGGAAGAAUUCUGACUAUUGAUGAAGCUGCAGAAUCAUUUAAAACUGCCACUGAUAGAUUUCGGUCUAUUCAUAAUGAUUUUUCUAGCGGGUUUAUUAUAGCUUGCCAUAAACUUUUGUCUCGUCAAAAAGUUAUAGAAGCUGCUGAAGAUGCCUUGAGGCUUCAUUUAUUAUACCCAGAUUUUAUUUUAGGAUUUGACAUAGUAGGUGAAGAAGAACAAUAUAAUGAAACAGAAGAAAUUUAUGAAUGUGUUUACCAGGUAAAAAGCAAAGCCAAAGAAAAUGGGCAAGAUUUUCCUAUGUUUUUUCAUGCUGGAGAAGUAGUAAGCAAGCAUGCUCCGACUAUUUAUGAUGCUUUUGUACUGGAAAGCAAGAGGAUUGGCCAUGGAAUUUCUUUGAUCAAGCACCCAGUCCUUAUGCAGAUUGCAAAAACUAAAAAAAUUACUAUAGAGUGCUGCCCUAUUAGUAAUAUGCUGCUUGGGUAUGUGAGAGAUUUAAGGGUUCACGCAGGCCUUGCCUAUUUAAAUCAAGGUCUUUCAGUCGCUAUUGGCUCAGAUGCACCUGGAUUAUUUGGGUAUAGAGGAGUUACACAUGAUUGGUUGUGGAUUUGCAUAUUAUGGGGAAUUGAUUUAAUGCAGGUUAAAAGAUUGGUAAAAAAUAGCAUUGAUGGGUGUACAGAACCUGAUGAAACUAGAAGAAUUUGGGAGCCGAAAUGGGCUGAAUUCGUUAAUUAUUUAGCUAAUUUAGAGAUUUAA